AUGAAUAUCCGCAUCAAAUACGCCUCUCUAGGCGACAAGGUAGCAGAAGUGAUCGGCCUCGGACUAAACGACUCCCAUGAUGAAGUCCCUGCCCAGGAAUUAGUCGAGGCAAGCGGCGAUGCAACUCCAUUGACAGAGGGAGGUGAAAUGGCGGUCGACACGACAGCUGGCCCGCAGUCAGACACCAUUGGUGGUGUCACGAGACCAGAGUCGUUCAUUGGUGCCAAGUCUGGCAUUUCCAAACUCGGUUCUGGGAAGCUGGGCGGAAGUAGCGGAACCGGCUCCUCUGCCGGUCGUGGCUUUGGGGACUCGGCGCUCCAUUCUGACGAUUCGUCGGCGGGUUCUUGGAUGAACGUCACUGAACGAUCAGCGCAUGUCCUAGUUUAA